AUGAGGUGUUUUUCUUUUUACUUUAUUAGAUACAAAAUGGCCACUACAGCGAUGGACACCAACAAGAAUGGGGGCACACAGACCGUUAUUGAGAAGGCACCCUGGACGGACCAGCAAGGUAUAGCGAUGAAGGUGUACAACGGUAUUGCAAUUGCCUUGGAGAUCUUGGUGCUGUAUGUCAAAAUGACAGCCACGUGGCUGCAUUGCUUGUAUCAGUUCUUCGUCCCACCAGAGCCCAAGAGCGUCAACGGGGAGAUUAUACUGAUAACUGGAGCGGGUCACGGAAUGGGUCGUGAAACUGCGUUGCGGUUCGGCAAGUUGGGCGGCAUCAUCGUCUGCGUGGAUAUCAACCCUACCGGCAACCAAGAGACCGUAGAUAAAAUAAAAAACAACAAGGGAAAAGCUCAUCGAUACGAAUGUGACGUCACAGACCGCGAAGCCAUUAACGCUUUAGCUGAGAGGAUUCGUCGCGAAGUAGGAGAUGUCACUAUGCUCAUAAACAACGCCGGCAUCAUGCCUUGCAAGCCGCUCCUACAAACAUCAGAGAAAGAGAUCCGUUCAUCGUUCGAAGUCAACAUAAUUGCUCACUUAUGGCUUCUACAAGCCUUCUUACCGUCUAUGAUGGAAAAGAACCAUGGCCACAUCGUCGCCAUGUCAUCCAUGGCUGGAAUCGUCGGUCUUCGAAACCUAGUACCGUACUGUGCCACCAAAUUUGCAGUCAGAGGUCUAAUGGAGGCCCUGCAUGAGGAGCUCAGGGAGGAUAAGAAUAAAGAUUACAGUGGUAUAAAAUUCACAGUAAUCUGCCCAUACAUCGUGGACACUGGGCUGUGCAAGAACCCGAAGAUCAAGUUCCCUUCCCUGAUGAAGAUAUUAACUCCUCAAGAGGCUGCUGAUAAUAUUGUUGAUGCUGUGAGGAGGAAUUAUAACGAGAUAACCAUACCGAGUUCACUAUAUUAUUUAAACAUGAUUUGCAGAGCUUUCCCGAGGGCAGUGCCAUUAUAUUUGAAAGACUUUUUAGACUCGGGGCUCGAAGCGCACGUUUAG